CGGUACACAACAUUAUUUAUUCAUGGCCGGGAACGAUAGAUGUGGUGCAAGCUUCUCCAGAGUAUUGUCCAUCUGUUAGCCAGCCUACUGUACACGCUAAUGUAAUAUGAGUCCUCAGGAGGCGUACUAAUAGCCGUUCACGUGUUAACACUCCACACUAUUUAUCUGUGUAAUAACACUACCGUUAAUUAUAAUUAGUGCCCUGUCGUUGGAAUGUGAUUUAUCUCUCCCUGAAGAAGAGCAAUAUCAACAGCGAGCAAAGUGUGACCUUACCGGUUUUAUUUGAUCACCGUCGCACUGACAGCAGUUCACCCUCUCACAAGACACCUCUAACAUGGGAAAACAUCAGGACUAAUUGCUCCCUAUAAGACACUCUAUAAUCAGCCUCUGAGGACUGCUGUACACAUCAUUUUACACAAUGCUGCAGAUAAUUUAAUUUCCACCCAGGGAGGUUUCGGCCUAAGCCUGUAAUAGAAAAAUAAGAUUGCUGCCAGAUAUCCAACACAAGAGCCCCUGUAUCAAAAUGAUCACAAAAUCAGUUUUCCCCUAUUGAUCGUUUUUCUAAAAUGUAACCCAGUCUUCCCCGUGGCAGAUUUGUGAAUUAAACUGUGACAUGUGGGACUUUAUCCAUCAAUAACAGUCUCUCACUUUUGUGGAUUUUAAUUUUCCGCACACACAUUAGGGAUCAGAGUGUCCAUAAAGAGUGCAUAAUCAGUGCAGAUUAAACUUGAAUCGAGCCCGCAGCAGAUUCAUGUGCACUGACAGCGAUACCUUUACAUUAGGCUGCUUCCGGUUGUCACUGAAUGCUGUAAUUGAUGUGGCACCGAGAGCUGCCUCCUUUCUCCAAACAUAAAUUAUAAGGAAAAGGUGUUAGACUGAGCUGUCAUUUAAUGAGAUGUAACAAAGUGGUUCGGCUGCAGACAGUUUAUGUAAUCAUUUCCUUUGGUGAAAAGAUAAAUCUCAGCUUCGCAGCCUCAUGAGCAAUGCAUCAUUAGACUACUCUGCACAGGCAGAUAAUAACACGCUUUUAUCGUGGAUUGUAAUACUCCAGUUAGCUACACCGCAACAUCUGAUCAUCUCUUGGGUGUCAGUGUGUGGCGGCUCGCUUUCCAUCUCCAGCUUAAGGAAGACACAGCUUCUACAAUAGACUGCAGUGUGGAGGGGUGUCUCACUUUGAUCUUUAAAUACCCUCUAACGUUAAGGCACGCUCAUUGGCUUUGAUUUUUUUUUUCUUUUUUUCUUUUUUUUUUUUUACAACUCCUGGGCAAAAUGCAGACGCUCCCUUGAAUCUCCUCCGAGCUGUAGUACAGCGGAGAAUGCGUGAACAACUAUCCUGUCUUUUUAUUUUUUAUUUGCCUCCUCCCUCCACCACCACCACCAUCUGUCCCUUUCUUCCAUUUCAUGUGCUCAAGCAAUAUCCACACCCCUCUCAUAGCAACAGCACGCCGCCGCCGCCCCCGCGCCUUGCAGUGAAUUUUUCUUCCCCUGGAUCUUCGCCUCGCACCAUGCAGACGGUCCCUUGGCCUUGCCUCCUGACGGUUCCCUGUUCCCCCCUCCCCCACCAGCCGUGCUCCUGUUUCACUCAAAGAUGGCGUCGGCUCUAGAGCCCCUGGUCUCUGGCUGCAUUUUCAGGCUUGUUGUUGUCUUCGUUUCGCACGGUUUUGGCACCUUCUCCUCGGCGGCUCGACGCGGAAUUCCGUUUUUGUCAGCUGCUGGAGUGCAGUAGGCAUGAAGGUGAUCAGCCCUGGCUGCUCCCUGGGGUGAGAUAUCUGUUCCAUCCCAGAGCUGAGAAGGCCAGACUGCUGGAGGAGCAGAAGAGAGCAAAACGGGAAAAGAGAAGGCGAGGAGACUUGGAUGGAGAGGAAAAUCAUCUUCUUCUAGAGUGCUGUUAUCCACAUGAGAGUAUUUGCUGUAUUGCUCCGGCUUUUAUCACUAAAAACACUAAUUUCAUGUCCUGGAGGUCAUGGUCGUCUCCCACCACUCCCAUUGAAAAUUAGUUUGUUUGCCAGUGGCAGGAAACUAAAUAGGUGUUAUUACCUGUGUACAGGUUUUGUGUCACUCUAAGUGGGAAACACCUCAAAUUUGUGAAAGGCCCUCUUUUCAUCAAGAUCUACUCUACUACUGUCUUGUCCAUUGUGAGUACAUUGCUAAUAGACCUGCUACCUCCUCCACUCCCCCUGCUUCUUGCCAGGGAUUUUCACCUGGCCAGGAGAGGGUGGUGGGUGGACCAAAAUUUAUUUGGUGGACGGUUGGCCCGUGCGGUUUCUGCUAUGAUCAGCUGCUCCUUUCCGUGCUGUUCACACUCGGCUUCUGAGGGACUCUCUGUGCGACCCCAGGACAAGGGAUAGUAAGCAGUUAGAGGGCAAACGGGAAGAAGAGGCGGCGGCGCUACGGCGCAGGCCCGGUAUUUCCUUGGCUUACAAUAUACAUUUUUUUGUGUGCGGUCAUUGCAGUAAGGCCCCAGGGCCUCUGCACUCUCCGAGACCGCAGCCAUGGUGAAACUGGCAAACCCAACGUACACUCAAUGGAUCCUAGAGGCCAUCAAAAAAGUGAAGAAGCAGAAACAGCGACCAUCAGAGGAGCGCAUAUGCAAUGCAGUUUCCAUGUCCCAUGGUCUGGACCGCAAAACGGUUUUAGAGCAAUUAGAACUUAGUGUCAAGGAUGGUACCAUACUUAAGGUCACCAACAAAGGUCUCAACUCCUACAAGGACCCAGAAAACCCGGGGCGCCUGGCUCCGCCAAAGCUCAAGGGGGGUGGAAGCUCUGGAGGAGGAAGUGGAGGAGGUGGCGGCGGAAGCAGCAGUGGUGGCGGUAGCUCUCACUCCCAUUCGGGGAAGAAACCAGGGCUCGACUGGAACAAGCUCAUAAAGCGGGCACUGGAGGGUCUUCAUGAGCCAGGCGGCUCCAGCUUAAAGAACAUUGAGCGCUUUCUCAAGUGUCAGGCUGACGUAGCGGCCUACCUGUCGAGCAGCGGCUCUGUGGGAUCUGGCCUCUUCCACCAGCAGUUGAGGGUCGCCCUGAAGAGGGCUGUGGCCCACGGACGCGUUGCCAAGCAGGGUCCACUGUUCCAGCUCAUCAGCCGCAGCAGCUCCCAGGAUGACGGGACUGGGACGGUGUCUUUGGAAUCACUUCCACCUGUCAGGUUGCUGCCACAUGAGAAAGACAAGCCGGUGGCGGAGCCCAUCCCCAUCUGCAGCUUCUGUUUGGGGACUAAGGAGCAGAAUCGCGAUAAGAAACCAGAGGAGCUCAUCUCCUGCGCCGACUGUGGCAAUAGUGGCCACCCGUCCUGUCUCAAGUUCUCCCCAGAGCUCACAGCGCGAGUCAAAGCACUGUGGUGGCAGUGCAUCGAAUGCAAGACUUGCAGCAGCUGUCAAGAUCAAGGAAAGAAUGCGGACAACAUGUUGUUCUGUGACUCCUGUGACCGGGGCUUUCACAUGGAGUGUUGCGAUCCUCCCCUCACGCGGAUGCCAAAAGGCAUGUGGAUUUGUCAAAUCUGCCAACCCAGGAAAAAGGGAAAGAAGCUCUUACACGAAAAGGCAGCACAAAUCAAAAGACGCUACAACGCUCCGCUGGGACGGCCCAAGAACAGGCCAGGGCGGCCCUUCAAGAAGCUGGGAGGGCGCGGUCGACGGAAGCGCUCAGCUUCAGCACACUCAUCCUCCAGCUCCUCCUGCGAGGGUUACCCUGGUGACGACAGGCUGCUGUUUUCGAUGCGAGAUGACGACGACCUGUCUCACAGCAGCCUGCGCUUCAACAAUAAGACCAAGGGUCUCAUCGACGCCCUCACAAAGUUCUUCACGCCGUCGCCCGAGGGCCGUAAGGCACGGCAGGAGGUGGUGGACUACUCGCAGCAAUGCCGCAUACGAAAGAAAUCCAGUCGCAAAGGAGAAGGAGAUGACAGGGGUGACAAUCAGGAGGGCAGUGACUGGCGCGAUGAAGACGACAAACUUCCAGGCCACGAGAACCUGACAGAAAAAGACAUUGAGCUGUUCAGACACAUCCAGGAGCUGGCACUACAGAAAGUGGGGGUGACGGGUCCACCAGACCCUCAGAUGCGCUGCCCGUCUGUUAUCGAAUUUGGCAAAUUUGAAAUCCAGACAUGGUAUUCAUCUCCCUACCCGCAGGAGUACAGCAGACUACCGAAGCUCUACCUGUGUGAGUUUUGCCUACGCUACAUGAAGAGUCGCAGCAUCCUCUACCAGCACAUGAAGAAGUGCUGCUGGUUUCACCCUCCCGCCAAUGAGAUCUACAGGAAGGACGACGUCUCUGUGUUUGAGGUUGAUGGGAAUGUGAGCACAAUCUACUGUCAGAAUCUGUGUCUACUGGCCAAACUAUUCCUGGACCAUAAGACCCUCUACUAUGAUGUGGAGCCCUUCCUUUUCUACGUCCUGACCCAAAACGACAGCAAGGGCUGCCACCUCGUCGGCUACUUUUCCAAGGAGAAGCACUGUCAACAGAAAUACAACGUAUCAUGCAUCAUGAUUCUUCCACAGUACCAGCGCAAGGGCUACGGACGUUUUCUCAUCGACUUCAGCUACUUACUGUCAAAGAGAGAGGGUCAACCAGGAUCUCCAGAGAAGCCUCUGUCUGACCUGGGUAGGCUGUCCUACAUGGCCUACUGGCGAAGCGUGGUGCUCGAGUGUCUCCAUGAGGUCCGCGACCGGCAGAUCACUAUACGACAACUUAGCAAACUGACAGGGAUCUGCCCACAGGACAUCACCGCCACCCUGCACAGUCUCAACAUGCUGGAGCAGAGAGGAGACAGACUGGUCCUGGUGCGAAGGGAGAAGCUGGUAACUAACCACAUGGCUCGGCUCAAGGCCCGCCCACGGCAGCUGGACGUUGACCCCGAGUGUCUUCGCUGGACUCCCGUCAUCGUAACCAACACCGUGGUCUCUGACGCAGAAGGAGAUGAUGACGAUGAUGAGGAGGAGGAAGACCCCGUGGAGGACAACCGCAAGGAGAUCAAACCAAGUCAUAAGGUCACAUCGAUGUCUUGGCACAUGCGGCAAGCAAAAAUGAGGGAAGAGGAGGAAGAAGAAGAAGAGGAAGAGGAAAGGAAGAAUUUCCUGGGGUUUCCCAUUAGCCACAGUUCUCCAACUUCCCCUCCCGUCCGUUGUCCACCUGCUGUUCCCGAACCACAGCGACCCCCUCCCCCAACAAACGGAGAACGCAGGCCUCGUGGACGCCCACCCAAAAACUGGCCAUGGGGUAAAGUGAAGGACAACACCCGAGUUGGACGGCCACCUAAGAUUCGCCCAGUGCAGGAUGAGGACGAUGAGGAUGAGGAGAGAACACAGGGAGGAAAAAACACAGGCUCUACUUGCAGCCCACCCUCUCUUUUCUCCCUGGACAGAAAAGCAGACUCCACAGCCUUUCACUCUCUGGACAUGGCCAGGCACCCCUCCAUAACCCCCACGCGAAGAGGGCGACCCCCAAGGAAAAAGAGAGGCCCUAAGCCCAGAUUGCCAGAAGGACCUGCAGAGGGGCUGACACAGCUUCCCGUUAUGUCCAGGUUGAAUGAUCCUUCACCUGUUAGGAAGAGCUGCUUCAGUGAAAGCAGUGAAGAAGAGGAGGAGGACGACGAUGAAGAAGAUGAAGAGAGGAGGGCGUGCUCCCCACCUAUCCUCACGAAACCAGCCAUGGGGCUCAAAUGCAAGCCCGCGAGGAAGCGCCGCUUUCGCCAGCGCAGCCACCCUCACAGCAGCGUGGUGACAGAGACGAUUUCUGAGACCACGGAGGUGUUGGAUGAGCCUUUUGUAGACUCAGAUUCCGAGAGGCCUAUGCCCAGGCUGGAGGAGGAGACACCCCUGGGCCACCCACUGCGCCGCUACCCUCCAGCCCGAUCUGCGAUGAGGUUGUCUGACCUAGCACCCAAGAGGGGCCGGCACUCCAACCUCACAGAUUCAGAGGAAGAUGAGCUAACACCUGUACUGAAGUCAGCAGCAGCUCUGCCAUCAGCUCCAUCAGAGACCUCAGUGGCCAACCCGGAGGUCCCAGUCAAGAAGAAGAAAGGCUGGCCUAAGGGAAAGAGCCGCAAACCACUGCACUGGAAGAAACGAGGACCUGGGAAACCACCUAGCGGUGGGCCCAACCAGCGGGCGGCUACAGACGGUCAGGUCCAAAGUGGGGACCCUCAACCCGCCAAAAUCAAGAUGAAACCUGGUCGCAAGCCCCGAAGCUGGUACCUGCAGCGUGCCCAGGAAGAGGCAGAGCGGCAGGAGCAAGAAAGACAAAGACUGUUGGACCGGCAGCUGGACAAAGAUCCUCAACUUCUCCAGACAGACGACCGUAACAGCAAACGCGUCUGCAGAACCAACACUGACAGAGACAACAAACAGAAAGACUCUGAUGAAGAAGAUGACUACCUCCCCAAGCCUGUUGAGACGAAAGUGCCCAAAAGGCGAGGGAGACCACCUAAGAACCGCUCCCUCCUCCAGCCGCCACAGCCUGCCCCGAAACCACCUCCCACCUCUGAGCCGGAAGAAGAAGAGGAUGAGGACGAGGAGACGGAAAGAACCUGGGAAGAAGACAAACCCAGUCGCCCACCAUCCCGUCCCCUGCUUUCGCCUUCUUCCUCCUCUUCCACCUCAGGGCCCCGGGCCCCACAGUCCCGGCCUCAGGACACAGAAAUGGCUGAUAGGGAAGAAGAUGACGAUGAUGAAGAGAGGGAAGAAGAAGAAAGUGUCAGCUUGGCCAGUGGCGGUGGAAGUAUCAACAGGCGAGCAGCAAUCACACCAGGUCCAGGAAGCAGGCGCAAUGAAGACCACGAUGCUGACGAUGAAGGCGACGGACACUUAGAGGACAAGACCAACAACAGUAAGAAGCGAAAAGGUCAGGACUCAGAAGAUGAAGAUGAUGAGGAAGACGAGGAGGAGGAGCCUGCCUCCCGCGCAAACUCUCCUCCAGUUAAAGAAGAACCCCAAGGUGGAGAGGCUUUUUUAGACAUGGAGAACAGCGUGGCCCGGGAAUAUGUCAGCAAGCAGGAGGAGGACGAAGAGGAGGAGGAGGAGGCUGAGGAGGACGUGCAAGAUCCCAAGUGUCAGCCCUCUUCAGCCGACCCUCAGCAGGAGGAGAGGCGGCGCAGAGAGCAGGAGGAAUCUGCUGCUGCAGCCGCUGCAGUGGAAACGGUAACGGCCAUGUCUGUUCCUUCGGAGCCCAUGGAGCUCCAGCCUCUGCACCCUGAAGACAAAGACGUCACGCUGUUGAUAGACACCCAACACACACAUCAACACUCCCACCCUCACCAGCAUUCUGACUUCAAAGAGGAGCUGGGCCACCACCCUCAUCACCCCCAUCACCACUCCAACGAGCUGGACCUGGAGACCAUGCAGGCCGUUCAGUCCUUGACACAGGGGGAAGCCCAGGAUGAAGAGACCGAACCCCAGCCGCACCACGGGGCUUACCAGGACUGUGAGGAGACCCUAGCUGCCUGCCGGACCCUGCAGAGUUACAGCCACACGGGAGAGGCUGAAGAGGAGGCUAUGGCCUUAGUGGAGGAGUGUGGGCCUUCCCAACACAGCAGCCCCCUCCCUAAUCCUCCAGUGCCUCCCCUGCCAAGUCAGUCUGUGCGCUCUGUGAAUAGUCCAGGGCUGCCCUCAGGCAUCGUGGACACACCGGCGGGGCAGAGGGGUGGAACACCUGGCCCCACCGGAGCAGGGAGCAGCAAUGGAGGUGCUGGAGGGGGCUACACCCAGAUCACACCAGAGCAUCCUAGUUCUCUGUCUGCCCCCUCCCAGCAGAACAUGGAGACGUCACCAAUGAUGGACGUGCCAUCUGUGUCGGACCACUCGCAGCAGGUGGUGGACAGCGGCUUCAGUGACCUGGGCAGCAUAGAAAGCACUACAGAGAACUAUGACAACCCCAGCAGCUAUGACUCCACGAUGGGCGGAGGGGGCAACGGAACGGGGAAUGGGGGCAACGGAGGGGGAAUGUCGGCUGCUGUAGUAGCUGGAGCUUCCACGGCAUCUUCGUCGUCAGUGUCUUCUUCUUCCAGUUCCGCCACACCAUCUUCCUCCUCCCAGUCCAACAGCUGCUCCUUCGUGCCAGCCCCCAGCCUCACAUCUUCCACGGGUAAUGGAGGAUCUCAGCUAGCAAUGGGCAGCUGCAGCCUCAUCCAGCAAACAGGACCGGGACCCAACAGCGGGCCAGGUGCCAGUAAUGUAGGCAGCGCUGUGCCCCAGCCGCCACCACCCCCACCACCGUCCAACACGCCCAGCUGUGGCAUUAAGUCUCCUCAAAGCUGCGGUGUUAUCGAAAGGCCUCCCAGCACCAACCAGCAGCAGCAACAACAACAACAACAACAACAACAACAGCAGCAGCAGCAGCAGCAGCAGCAGCAGCCCCAAAAAAAGGUUCCUCAGCAGCCCCCUCAGCAACAGCAGCAACAAGCCCCCAACCCUCAACCUCCACCCUCGGCGCCGCCACCACCACCACCGCAGCAAGCCCUGUCUCAGUGCAGCAUGGGCAACGGCUUCGCCUCCACGCCCAUGAUCAUGGAAAUACCCGAGAGCGGAGGCGGAGGAGGGGGUCGCACCUUGUAUGAGCGCAUGGGUCAGGACUUUGGCACCGGGGGCUACCCCCAGCCCACAGCAACGUUCAGCUUGGCCAAACUACAGCAGCUCACCAACACCAUCAUGGACCCUCAUGCCAUGCCCUACUCUCACUCCCCCUCUGUUACCUCCUACGCCACCAGUGUUUCUCUCUCCAACCCUGGGCUGGCCCCUUCACCGCACACUCCCCUCCCUCAGGGGAUGACCCCACCUCCAAACCUUAGCUCUGGCUCCAUGAACCUGAGCUCCUUGCAGCUACAAUGUAACAUGCCCACUACCAACAUUGGUCUGGGACCUCCUCCACACACGCAGCGGCUACAGGGCCAGAUGGCCACGGUCAAAGGCCACAUUUCCAUCCGGUCCAAAGCCACUCAGCAGCUGGCCCCGGCCCCGCACCAGCAGCAGCUCUACAGCCGCAGCUCGGGGGCCGUGGCCAUGCAGAGCACUCCGCGCACCUUGGCCGUUCAGCGCGGUAUGAUGCCAAACCUCAUGCCCACGCCGGCACCUUACAAUUCCAUGAACAUGACGCCUCUGAACGCUGGCUACCGAAUGCCCCAACCGAUGAUGAACAGUGGUUAUCACAGCAAUCCAGCUUACAUGAAUCAGCCAGCUCAGUACCCCAUGCAGAUGCAGAUGGGCAUGAUGGGCGGGCAGGGUUACCCGCAGCAGCCUAUGCAGCCCAAUCACCAUGGCAACAUGAUGUACACUGGCCCCUCCCAUCACAGCUAUGCUAGUGUCCCUAAACAGUCACCUUACAUGAGCAGAUGAGCAGCCAAGAACUGAAAAGGGAGACAUGGGGCCAGAGCUGACGCUCGCUAUACUCAAUAUGUCCAUUACUCCAGUUCACCCUCUCCAGUGCCUCAGCGGGCACCAGUGAGCGCUGGUGAUUGGAGCCAGAGAGGGUCUUGGGGUUUCCUGUUUUUCUAUGUUGUCAUUUAGUCCCUUUUUAUUUGGGCUUGUUCCCCCGCCUCCCUUCCCAGCUAUGGGAGCAAUAGGGCAGGAUUUGGGGUUGGUGUACAUGAACCUUGGCUGUGCCAUACUGCUUUGGUCCAGGCCUACACAGUCCUCCAGUGUGGUUCAUUACAGGUCCAAGAGUCUCCUCCUCCUCGUGAUGCACAGGAGGAGAGUAGAGGACAGGAACGACAAAGAAAAAACACAGAAAGACAAUACAGGAGUCACUUCUACUUGUCAGACUGCGAAUGAAAAAACAGUGGUUUACUGAAUAUAUUCAACCAUGCACACAAUCUUUUAAUUGAUAUAGGAAGCCUUACCUUGAAAAAAGAGACAAUGAAACCUUGUAGGCGGACUGUUUUGUUUUGUUAAACAUAAUGUUGACUUAUUUUUAUUGUCGUCGUUUUCGUUGAUUGUUUUUUGAGAUACUUGUGUGCAGUCCAACCUCAUAUAUGCUUUGGUCUUUAUAUGUGUGGCAUUCUGAAAUGGUGAUACACCCUCUUGCUCUCUCAGAAAUCCCCGAACAUCUCUGAGGCUGCUCGGUCAGACAGCUUUUCACCCAUUUCCAGAAAAGCAUAGGAGCAGGGCCCUCGGGUGUUUGAGCUGUUGAGCUGUUUCCAGAGUCUCUGUCUUCCUGGGUGGACAGUGUUGUACCAAAAACACAGCAACAACACAGAGGAGACUAGCGUGUUACUGUCUAUUAUAUAUCCAUAAAAGAAACAAGUAGCAUUAUUUUCCAGUUUGCCGCCACUCUGAAACGUUUCGAUGUAAAUAUUCUGGUACUUCCCAAUAUCCAGCACACAAACAUACACGCACGAACACACACUGGCUAGCCGGCGCCAGUCGGUGGCUAGCACAGGAAAGUACAACAUUCAGCUGUUUUUGUCCACACUCCACUGACAGACUGUGUACAAUGUCAGGCUUUUAGCAGUUUAGGGAAUGCAGAACAAACGGUGGGGUUUCCAUUUAUCUGCUUUAAGGAAAGUGGGUUAACUAUAGCUGACCUCGCAUCCUCAAGUGUUAGUGACCCAAAGAGGUCGAGGAUUCUGCUUUUGAAUGGUAUGUAUUUUGUUAAAAGUGUAUUUUUGUUUUCCUUUUCUGCAAAAUUCUGCACUCCCAUUGGCUAGAAAUAUGGCAGCAGACAGUCAGCCUUUAUAAAAGGUGUGCCUAAAUGCCCGAUCUAGUGCAUGGUUUGGCCCUCGUGUAGAGGCUCCCUUCUAAAGCAGGGUCAGAGGUUAGUAAGUGUCGGUGGUCCUGUUGGUAAUGGCGUUCAGCUGGCAUGGGUGAAACGGUUGAGCUUGUCGCUCCAUGUACCAGUAUUCAAAGUCAAAAGAGGAGUUUUCAUUUACUUACAGACCUGACAAGCAUACUUUAUUUGUGUGUAUUGUUCUGUUCUGUCCUUAUUUUUGUUUUGUUUCUUUUCUGAAUUUUAUCAGACUGGGCAGCUUUCUUUUAUGACACAAGCUGACUCUUUUUGACUUUAGAAACUUAUUGUAGAGAAGACGUUUUUUCUAUAAUAUAAAAGGAAAUUCUGACAUUGAUAUUGGUACUGUCAUUUUUUUCACUUCUGUUUCAGGAAACAAAAAAAAACAAUACAUAUUUUUUAGCUCGCCUCUUGGGUAAUAAUUACUAAGAAAUUCAAAAUUUAAAAAAAUUACCACUCACUUUUAGUGACUUUAAGAUGCCUUUAACCUCUCCAUUCCAUCUCAUCUCUAGAGUUUUUCUAUCUUUGUGUAGUAUAUUAAUGCUAUUUUAAACAAAAGGACUACAAAUAUCUAAAGGUCACUUGGCAUUCUUUUUUCUUUUUCUUUUUUUUUUUUUUUUUUUUACUUGUGUGUGUAUAGGAUUACUUCCUUACAUUUAAGAGGCAUGUAAAAAUGAGCUCAGUAUAUUUCUGUCUGUUUAUAUUGCUUCCCUUUUUGUAUCCUUUGUAAUUGUACAUGUUGCGUUGUAUGCUAAGAGAGAGCGCAAAAUAAAGAGAGGGGGUGACAGCUGGGCACACAGUGAAGGUUGAUCUGCGCUCGGCCGCCUCAACUCUCUACUCUGUCCCUGUAUGUAUUUCCAUUUAUUCGUUUUUGUUUUUGUUUUUGUUUUUCUUUCUUAGCAAGUACUUUCAAAGAACUCUGUACAUUUUAACAUAAAAUGAAAAUAAAUUAUGUUGAGCCAU